AUGGCCCUAAUCAGACUCGAGCAGCUCGCUCGACCUUUGCAAGAUGAAGAACCCGAAUGUGGGCUGCUGCAGCUUCCACAGGAGCUCGUAUAUCUAAUAGUGUCUUACCUCCCAGUACCAUCGGCAGUAUCCUUAUCUUUGACUUGCAAAACAUUCAAAGCGCUUGUUCACGGACUUGGUAUCGUGUUGGGAAAGACCGAUUUCAAGUCUCGGGCUGAACUUCUCGCGACGUUGCAACAAGAUCUGCCGGGUAUAUACUUCUGCUACUGUUGCUAUAAGCUACGUCGUCUCAAGCCAAACGCAGAUUGGAACGGUCAGCCUCACAAGUGGACUCCUGGUCCUUUUCACCCCCGAUCAUGGUGGCUGAGCGAGCAAAGCAACGUCUGGCAUGUCCCCAUGCCAUACCAUUUCCCUACCUUCAAGAGCCACUUCCACAUCGACUUCAUGGAGGUCUAUCUGAUCAUGAACGCUCAUUUUCUGGGUCCUUCUCACGGGAUACCACUCGAGACUAUGCAGCGCUACGUCGCGUUCCAGGAUCACAUCGAGCUCAACAUUUGUCAACCGUCCGGCAAUCAUGGUAGCCACCCUGGCGAUCAUCCUCGGACUAGGCAAGGGCUUGUCGGUCUCUCCCAGAAGAAUGCCGAGGAGUUCCCUCGACUGGAGGGGCUGUGGAGGUUAAAUGGACCGCUGGUGCCCUGGCAGUGCCUGGCAAGACUCAUCAGCAGCCUGGAACCAGAGGUCUGCCGGCAUAUGAGGUGCUCGGCCGCUUCGAGCCCCCCGUUCUGCAAUCUAGUUCCGAUGAACCGCGGUGCCAACGAGGCGCAGCGGUCGCUGCCGGGCAAUGGAUUGUACAUGGUGCCAUUGUGCGCAAGCCCGGAAUCGGAUUCCUGCAUGAUAUGCAACGCGGACUACGACAUCUCUCUCAUCCAGGACACGGACAACAACCAAUGGGCCUUCACCCUCAGUGUCUACCACUGCCUGGGUGAAUGUCGGACUCCGAGGGACGAGAAUUGGAGCUUGUUUGUACAUGAUUUGUCCGGCCGCUUGGGAGAUGCUGUUGGCCGUCUGCAUGAGCGCGCCCGAAGAGGCGUCAGGGUUUCCAAGCAUGCUGGCAAUGCUCGACGGAACUGGGUCGAGGGGGGGCAGAGUCAGGUGGUGUGUCAUGGUGGCCAAGAGCAGGAGAUUGUUUCCCUAUUGGAUGACUAG